CUCCAUUUGAUCUACCUGAGGCGCGUUCGGAAUGUCGGAUUGGGGACGGAUUUGAAGUAGAGGAACCGGAUCAGCACUCACGAGUAGCAAGGCGAGUGUAGGACCCUAGGCAGCCAAGACAGGGUCUGAAGUGCGCUCUUAAAUGAAGAUGACACUCCCAAACUCCUGACUUCUGCCCGUCCCAUGACGUCUCUUCAUCAUCGCUAUUGUUGAUCGUGUACAGUCGCUCCGAAAGGGUGCUACAUCAUGAGCGCAAUCACCAAGGUCCUCGGACUAUCAGCCUAUACGGCUCUCGUAGCAAUCUCCAUUCCCUACAUUCAACAACACAACAUCCCUUCCCGUCUCCAGACUUCCCUUAACAGGAUUCUGUCCCCACCAACAGACGGCGCCUCUUCUGAACCGGAGAUCUUGACAGCAGAGCCCUACAUCUGCCGAUCCCAAAACUACACCACCCAAAUCGUCUCCCUCGAUCCACUAGUAAUCUACAUCCACAACUUCCUCUCCGAAGCAGACAUCACAUCUCUUCUCGAAGCAGGCGAACCAGCCUUCAAACCCUCCUACGUCGUCAAAAAUGGCAGAACGCAGGGAACGCCAGAUAGAACUUCCUGGUCUGCCGGUCUCCCUGCCGACGACGUCGCCGUGCAAUGUGUGCUCGCCAGGGCGGAAGGGUUCCUGGGCACGAUGAUGGCGCCCGGGCGGGAUGAGAUUGGGCCGCCUCAGUUGGUGCGGUAUACACAGGGCCAAAGAUUCAACGUCCACCACGACUGGUACGAUGAUUUCCAACCUGAUGUUAGGACGGGACGUAAAAGGAAGUGGAACCGUGUGGCGAGCUUCUUCGCGAUUUUGGAAGAUGAGUGUACCGGCGGCGAGACGUGGUUUCCCAAGAUUGAGGCUGUGACGCCGCAGCAUCGGAGAGAGGAUGGUGAAGGGACUAUGUGGAGGAAGCAUGAUGAUGGCGGGAUCGCGUUUAAGCCCGUGAGGGGUAAUGCGGUGUUUUGGGUGAAUUUGCAUGGGAAUGGGACGGGGGAUGGAAGGGUUGUGCAUGCUGGGUUGCCUGUUGGGGAUGGGUUGAAGACUGCGAUGAAUAUUUGGCCGAGGAGGUAUCUUGGGCCUGAGGCUUGGGGGAAGGGAGAGGAGCCGGAGGACGAAGGUGUGAGGGUGCUGGGGGCUGAGAAGGUGAAGGUCGAAGAGAAGGAAGAGGAGCUGGUUGUUGAUGAUGCUGAAGCUGAUCCCAUCUGAGGUAGGUGAGCAAGACAGUCUUGGGUAGGCAGGUAGAUCUUGUGGAGAGCAUAUUCAAAAUAUCUGAAGCCGCCUUCAUCCCGUCUUCCUGCAGAAAUUCCGGUGCCGAAGCAUGAGAACGGCCAUGCCAAAAGAGAUUGUCGUUAGCUUCAAAAAAUCACUUCAGAAUAAGCUGAAUACUCUCACUGCGACGCAGCAAGGCCCCCGUAGGUCUUUGCUUUGUACAUACA